ACACACAUACUCUCUCUCUCUCUUUCCCCCAUUUUCACCUUCUUUUGACAACCAUUUUUAUAGAUUCCUUCCCAGUUAGUCUUUCCUUUCUUCUUCUUCUUCUUCCAUUGGAUUAUUGUACAGAUUGCUAUGAAACAACAACAACCCAUCUAAAAAUCCUCCAUUUUCUCUUCUAUUUUCUUGUUUUUCUUAGAUUUUGUUCAUCUUCUGUUGCUUUUCCAACAGAUUUAGCCUCAUUUUCUUCUGGGUUUCUUCAAAUCAUCCUCUUUAAGGAUUUGUGUGUAUAUAUAUAUAUGUAUAUGUAUUUUCUGGGGUUUUAAUUUCUGUACAAAAAGAAAAAGUGUCUUCUUUCAAGAAGGAUUAGUUCAUUUCCCCUCUUUUCUUAAACUUAUUGGAAACCAAAAAAGAAAGUUAAUAGAGACAUGGGAAAACAGGGACCCUGCUAUCAUUGUGGUGUUACAAGCACCCCACUUUGGCGAAAUGGGCCUCCAGACAAGCCGGUGUUGUGCAAUGCCUGUGGUUCUCGUUGGAGAACGAAAGGAACACUUGUUAACUAUACCCCACUUCAUGCUAGAUCAGAACCUGAUGAGUUUGAGGACCGUCGUGUUUCAAGAGUGAAGGCGAUAUCCAUUAAGAACAGAGAGGCAAAAUUGCUAAAAAGAAAAGAGAACUAUGAAAAUGUGGUAGGCGGAAGUGGUGGCGGUAUGCUUAGCGGUGGUGGUGGGUUUGCUUCCGGCCACCACAACCAGAGUCUUCAUAAGGGACUUGAUGAAGAUACAAGCAAUAGAUCAAGUUCUGGCUCUGCUAUCUCCAACUCCGAUAGCUGUAUGCAGCUUGGCAGUGCAGACAUCAGUGAUUUAACAGGUCCAUCCCAAUCAUCUGUUGUGUGGGAUACAAUGGUACCUUCAAGGAAGAGAACAUGUGUUAACAGGCCAAAACAAUCAUCUGUUGAGAAGCUUACUAGAGAUUUAUAUACCAUCUUACAUGAACAACAGUCUUACUUUUCGGGAUCAUCUGAGGAGGAUUUGAUUUUCGAGAGCGACACACCCAUGGUUUCUGUUGAGAUUGGACAUGGAAGUGUGCUUAUUCGUCAUCCAAACUCUGCAGCCCGAGAAGAGGAAUCUGAAGCUAGUUCUCUUUCUGUCAAUAACAAAAAUGAGGCUUAUUCGUGGUUGACUACCCUUCCUGUGUAUGAUGCCAAACAAAGUGGCAAAAUUUCAAGCUGGGGGAUCGAUAGUUCCAAAAUGCCAAUGGACCAAUGCAACAGGGAUCAUGAUGAAAAGUUACCAAUACCUGCAAACCAUAAUUCACCUUUGUGCCACAUAAAUUUAAAAGAUAUUAUCAACUUCAAGGAGUUUGCAUGUCACAUGACAAAUGAUGAACAGCAGCAGUUGCUUAAGUAUUUACCUCCUAUCGAUACCAUUCAACUGCCAGAUAGCCUCAAAAGCAUGUUUGAGAGCCCUCAGUUUAUGGAGAACCUAUUCUCCUUCCAAAAGCUUCUUGCAGAAGGGAAUUUUGAUCUCUCUGUAUCUGCAACGGAGAGUGAAGGAUGCAGAAAAUUGAAGAAGCUUGCACUUUGUAAUGUGACAAAAUGCAAGUGGGUGGAAGAAUAUAAUCUGCUACAGGAUGCAAAGUGUAAAAAAAAUAGCAGGGGUUCUGUAGUUGCUGGAGUACUUAAUACCAUAGCACCUGGAUGUUCAGUGAAUGUACAGAGGUCACAGGAUAUGCAAUUUCAUUCCUUUCCAGGACUGAAGAACACGAUGAAGAGCCCCAAGGGAGCAUUCAUGAAGGCAAGCUAUGAACACAAGGAGCUUGUGGAUAACGAUGGCACUGGAUUCAGCCCAAGAAGCCUAUUCGCCUUGCCUCCUGAUAACAGCUCCCUUAUGCUUGAUUAUUUAAGAUAUGCAGAUGAAAGUUCUGAACAGGAUCUUUUGCUGGAUGUGCCUUCGAAUACCUCCUUCCCCCAGGCAGAACUUCUCCCAACUUCAAGUUUUGUAGCCCAAGCAAGCACUGGUAGUACUAGUAGCUCAACAUACCCAAGCUUUGUUCGCCCCUAACAAACUAGUCAAAAUCUCUAGGGUUAUGUAGAUGACUCUUCUACUAUGAUACCCCUUCCCGAACCAUUACUAUGUAGCCUCCAUAUAAGUCCCUAGCAGUGGACUAUACAUUUUGUUGACUUUCUUGGUUAUCUAGACGAGCUGCGUACUUUGUGCUUCGGGUGUCUAAUUUUGCAAAACCUCAUGAACUGGGCUUGUAGCGUUUAGCAUCUCGAACAUGAGUCUCCGAACUAAGGUUUGUUGGUUGUUUUUGGCUUCUUUUUGGCAGUCAAUGCAUACAACAUACAAAUUUCUUAAGGGACAAGUAUGAUAGCCCUUUUUGUAUAGGGAGAUAAGAUAUUGUACUGUAAAAAGCUCAAAAAUGCAAGAAAUGGUUACUAGUUAUUGGAGAACCUGAAUGCAGCAUAAGAGUUGACUUUUUGCAAAUUACAGGAGAUAAUUUACCUAAAGUCAAAGCUUUUUGCAAUCUUAAUGAUCA